UUGAUCAUGCCACCUUCACUAAGGAUCCGUUACAUGUUUCUGAAAAACGUACUCCAAUUUCGAAUGAACACGAUUUAACGAUUAUAAGAGAGAAUCCUGAUUUGAUACCGUAUCGAGGAGUUAAGAGUGGAUCAAUCCUAAACGAGUUGCAUUAUUUUAAUAUUUUUGAUUUUGGUGCAGCUCCAUGUGUUGCCCACGACAUUUUCGAAGGAUGGGCAAAUAAUGACUUGUUCCUCAUCUUCAAGCGAAUGAUUAGCAAGCGUGUAUUCACUGCAAACUAUUUGCAAGCCAGAGUCAACAGUAUAUUCAGACAAUUACGCAUAAACACGACAAUUAGUUUCAAUUUUACUCGUAAAACAGGGAACAUCAAAGCCAAAGCAUGUGAUAUUUGGCAUCUGAUACAGAUAAUUCCAUUUGUUCUAACGCAGAAGCCAAUAGAUUUCAACGAUCCAUUAGUAACAAUGUUGUUGCUCAUUAAGAAGAUUACUGACGUUGUAACCUCUCCUGUUGUAUCAGAAACCCAAAUUCGAGCGUUGGGUUCUGACAUGGCAGAAUAUAUUGAAAUACGAGAAACUGAGUUCUGUGUCCCACUUCGCCCCAAACAUCAUUUUUGUUUACAUUAUCCUGAAUUCAUUUUAUGGAUGGGUCCAUUAAUGACUUAUUGUACUCUGUUUUGCGAAAGAAAACAUUGUUUUUUUAAACGAUGCCUGAGAAGUACUUUAAACUUUAAAAAUGUAACAAAAUUCUGUAGUGAGCACCACCAGCUCUAUCAAGGAAUUCUCAAUAUGCAAAACAAGCGUUUCCAAAAUGACAUCAUGUUUGAAACUUAUGUAGACCAUAUCGAGGACCUACCAGAAAAUAUACAUGAUGUGUUAAAGAGCAUGGCACUAGAUGAUUGUUCAAAUAUAUAUGCAGAAAAGGCAAGUUAUUUGGGCUACAAUUAUGCAAACGACAAAUUCUUAUUUCUACAUCAUGAUGAAUUUGGCGCAGUUUUCUACGUAAUGCGGAUCAAGCUGAUCGUUUACAAUAGAGACUCUCAGCGAAUCACUAUUUUUGGCAGUGAAGUUCCGGUUUGCAAUAUCCAUGAGCGAGGAUUAAUGGAAAUUCAAAAUAGCCCGGAAAAACCAAUCUGCAGGAGUAUCACUGAGUUUAUAGAUCGGGCGCCAAUUGAUUCACUCACGGAAAGCAAUAAGCAGUAUCUGUUCGUGAAACAUUCGAUUCCGCCGAUGCAUUAAAUUAAAAAUAACGGAAUGGACAAGAUAGCGGUAUUCAGAACAUGCGACGCCUCACGCACCAUUCGGCAUAUUGUUCCCGCUUACGGAAAUCUCGCCAGUUUGUUGGAACAAGGAUCAAAGAUGUUCAAUAAACACUUUUCUCAAAUAGUGUUGGAAAACGAUGGUUGCCAAAUAUCGAACGAUUUUGUACUGAUGGCCUUUUCGAGCAACCUACUAAUGUUACUCAAUGCGGAAGAGAAAUGGACAGCCCAUAACAUGGAAAACACAGGAAACGAACAAGGGUCAUCACAAGCUUUACAAGGAAAUAUUAUGACUGCUCAUCUAUCCGUUAUGGCCCAGGAAAACAUUGUGGCCCAAGAAAACGUUGUGGUCCAAGAAAACGUUAUCGGUCAAGGUACCGUAGGAACAGACAGGAUCGAAUACAAUCUGAUACAACCAGUCGGGUUUUCUUCGAAUCUAUUGACAGUUGUUUCUGACUCUAACGCUGACUCGGCCGUAGCUGAUGGUAUAGCUACACAGCUAGUUGCUGAUAUGGACACACAAGAGGACUCUGAUCUGAACCUGGUAGAGCAAGCAGUUAUUAUGACUCCGGUGAUAAGUGAAGUGAUACCCUCAUGUUCGAUUGCUUCGGCUGAGAGUGGCCAGGAAGAAAAUACAUCACCGAAUAUAUCAACGAAACGAUCUUAUCCAGGGUACCAGAAAUCCAACAAAAAGCAUGCAUCGAGUGCGAUGAAGUUUAAAUCAUUCGAGAUUAACUGGAGUAAGAUAAGUGAUACUCAAAUCGCUCGUCUUGACGGUCUUCAAGAGCACCGACUGAAAAAUCCAAAUUCAGCAGUCCCACGCACGAUUCGUUUGAAAAACAUGAACUCAACUCUCUAG